AUGGCCCCUACCAUCUUCACAACUACGUCUGCCCUCCUCACAGCACAUCGCCUUCGCAAGGGCAAUUCCAAAUCGAGCCCUCAGUCUCAGUCAUCAGCCAGUAGCAACAUCACCUCGGCGCCAGAUCAGCCAUGGGUCCAAGUGGGCCCUGCCAAAGAUCAUCUUUUUGUCAAGCUCAAGGAACUCUACUGGAUCGGCGUCCGUACUGAACUUGAGAAUAUCUUAUUUACUCUCAAAGAAUGGCAGGCCUCAGAUUAUACUGACCCCAUUCCUCUUGAGUCCGAGGAGGACUUUGUGCACGGUUUCGACACCUUUGUCGACCAAGUUAGUCAAGGUACUCGCGAUCUAGCCAAACGAUAUGCUCAAGAAAAGCAAGAUAUAAUUGACAACCGGUUUUGGUCACGUCUGAAUACAUACGAUAAUUCUCUGCGUGAGAGAGGAAAGGAUAUCUACGCUAAUGUAGCCAGCGCAAAUAUCAAACUCUUGUUGAGACAGCAAGUCCAAAUGGACAACCAGGGCCUUCUCACUCCACUUCUCGAGCGAAGAACAAAAUUGUUGUUACAAAGUGCCGGCUUCCUGGACAUUGAGAAGCUCAUUGAGCAUCGUCCACCACUCGACGGCUGGUCAUUCUGGAGGCGUCCUGGUGUUCCUCAACUCGCCGUGUCCCACUAUACGAGAGACAGCGUGCCGGUCUUCGCUGCCCAGCACUGUUCAACAUGUUUAUCUGCACUUCGAGGUUCGCAGUACCGUGCGUCUCCAGUCAGGGAUCCCAAAUCCGACAAAGAGUGGACGAUAUGUGACUCGUGCUACUUUGAACGCUUCUACAGCGAUCCUAACAUCUACAAAGUUCAUAAACAUUGCAUCUUGGACACCUCAAUCACUUCUGCUGGUGGCCGCAAAAUAUGUCGUUGCGAUGGAACUGUCCGCAUGGAUGGUUCUGGCAAGUAUCUCACCCUGUUUCCCGUCCGCGAGGAUCAUGUCCACCGCAUCGCGACCAAAAAGGGCGGCCUUCAAUGCCCUUUGUUAUCUCUGGGUGACAUGGUGGCAGAGUCAAAGUACGAUGCAAUGCAGACGCCUCUCGGCAAAAGAGUCCCGUUGGCAGAGGAGAAAUUGAUUGCAACCAUGACUGCCGAGCAGCUUGCCAAAUAUCAAAAAGGCCAAAAGAAGUCUUCUAGAAAGGAAGCCAAAUUACAGACGGGUGUCAUUCCUAGCCUCGUUGAUGAGGAUGAUCGUGUGGGAACAGAAGGGAAAUCGGCUGAGGUCAGGGAGGCUGAAGCUGAUGAAGAUAUCCCAUUCUUCAUGAAACGCUAUGUGGACAAGUAUCCGUUUGGAAAUGUCCAUAUGGCACUUCGAGUUGGACCUCUGGUGAUUGAAAAUGGCGUUGCACAUACCAAGGGUGGUGCGUUAAUAACCCUACGAGAACCUGCUACUUUAUCGCCGUCAGGCCAGUCGCCGUCUCCCCAACCCGAACAUCACUCAGCAUACACCGUCUCCGAGGAUGUCGAUCGUAAUGUCUGGUCCCAGAGCAAGCGGCAUCGUGGUCGAAAACGGUACAAAGCCAUCAUGAAACAAGUUGUUGGCGUUCCCUUCACUGGAGUAUAUACAUCAGAGCUGGAAGAAUCCAUCGUCCAAUCCUUCAUCACUGCACUCAGCUUGCCAAUUGACGACAUCGGACUGUCUCGAUCUCAGAGAGAUGGACUUGUCAACAAAGUCAUGACCGAUAUGGUUGAUAAAGUCAAACGCUAUCUCGAACCUCGGGUUGAUAUCUAUCUAUACUCCAUCAGCCAACGCCUCUGCGAUCCCAGCACCAAGCUUCGUUGGAGUGCUACCAAGAACAAUUGUCAAUCAUUCUGCGACUCGCUUCUUGAUUGGCAAGUGUUCGGUCAAUUUAUCCCUUUCACCAACCCUCAACCUGUCCCGAGCCAUAUCAGUUCAACCGCUGUCCAGCCUCACCCUCUCUAUCUCGUCUCUUUUGCAACUCGACCCACGUCAUACACACGCAACAGGGUCAAGAAUAAGUUUGACGUCCCUAGCGGACUCACAGAAGAGUAUCUCUUGAAAUUUCGGUACGGACGUCACGAAGAAUCAGAUAUCAUCGACACUCUUCACGAAUGGUGGUACGACUUUGGCGCAUUCGGCGGCCACCUGUACGAGAACCAGGAACUCUUUCCUUGGGACUGUACUGAGGCCUUUGGCCGGUACCCCACAAGAUGUGGAGAUUGCAAUAUGGCCAAACAUCUACUCGCAUUCCCCUUUGACUCGUGGAGUAUCAUCUCGCUGCAUCUUUGCCGAGAUCGGUACAUGUAUGCACCUUCAAAUGGAGCAGAGGAGGUCAUGUCGGACUUCGCCUGGUUUCGAAACCGACUGACAUUGCUCCACUCACAGAACUUACUUUUGAGGAUGGGUGCAGCAAUGCAUCGAGUAGGACCUUUCAUCGAUUCGACCAAAUGGCUACACUCUGCCAUCGAUCCCACCGUGGACCGAUUGAAACUAGGUGGAAUCCACCGUGCGCAACCAUUUUCACAUACUUUCGACCAAGGUCUCUACCAUCAAUACUUCAUCGCCGAGUGGGCAAUCUAUGAGCCAGCCGUUCGAAAGCGUCUGUAUGAGGAACUUCGCGACGGGCGAGUUCGACUUAAAGAUGUUCCGGCUCCUAGAGUUGUCAACGAAUCGGAGAAGGAUCGACAACAGCGGGAGUUGGCACAUCAUGUCGGUUCAGGAACUCGGUAUGUUGCUUAUGGCGGCAUUUUCGCUGGCGCGGCACUGGGUGUAGAUGCCAAUAUGGCGGACUCGGGCCUUGGAGCAUGUCCCCAUUCUGCGGUGAUGGAUGGGAGGGUGGAUGGAUGCACUGACAUAGGAGAUGUUUCAGCCACCGAUGUGGAUGGCGAUGCGGGUGCUAGCGGCAACUGUGCGAGUUGUUCAAAUGGCUGUUCCAGCGGCGGAGGUGGAGGUUGUGGUGGUGGAGGCGGUUGUGGAGGUGGCGGUGGAUGCGGCGGUGGAGGAGGUUGUGGUGGUGGUGGUUGA